AUGACCUCAGUCCCGCUUAAACGCAAGCGCGCCCGCGUUGCCUGCGAGCCCUGCCGUAGUCGGAAGAGGAAAUGCGAUGGCGCCGCCCCCUGCGAGACAUGCAGGGACUGGGGCUACGACUGCUACUACGCAGCCGGCCGGAGCUCUAAGCACAAUGCCGGGGCGUCUCCUAGCGAGCCGCCGCCUGGCGGCUCUGGGCUCGGCGGAGACAGCCAUCGUCUGGCCGUUGAUCCGCAGCGGGUGGCGCGCGGUCUCACGGCCAACUCGAGCGCCGUCUUCGUGCGCAAGAUGGGCCUCAAGGUCGAUCCCGCCAAUGCGCCGCGCGUGAAUCUUUUCGCCUGGAAUGUCGGUGCGCGCCGCCUGUCGUCUGGGCUGGUGCCUGCUCCUGCUGGGCUGCCCCUUGUCGACCUUGUCCCGCUGGGCAGCAUGAGACAGUUGGCUGAGAUUUACUUUUCCAAGGUCGACCCGUGCUAUGGGUUUAUUGACCGGCAGGUGUUCUUACAGCGUCUCGAUGCACGGUGGUCGUCUAGUGGUAGUGGCCGAAGUGGUAUCUACGAUAGUGUCCUUGCAGGCGUGGCGGCGCUGGGGCUGUUGUUCUCUGAACGGUCCGCCAGUGCGACAGAGCUACAGCUAAUCGAGAAUGCAAAGUCUAUCCUGGAAAGCUACGAUGGAUAUGCACCGCCCUCUCUUGAUCUGAUCACUGGCUGGGUACUGCAUGUUGUCUAUAUGCGGAUGACUGCAGCGCCGUACUCAACAUGGCUCGCUAGUUCGACGAUAAUGCAUCUCAUCGAGGCCGCAGGUCUCCAGCAUGAGAAUCCCAGCACUGCCUAUGAUCCAGACAUCCGCCGGCGCUUGGUGGGUGUUGCCCUGCACCAGAACAUGUGGCCUUCCUACGACAUUGGGCUGUCCAGAGUGCAGGUCAAGGCCGACUUGAUGCAGUUCACAGACGUCCGAUCCAAGCCAGGAGACUACACGGCCGAACUCCUUGGCCUGCUGCCUAUAUCAGCCCGCCUUGAUCCGGAGGAAACCGAUGCGGACGGAGACAGCGACGUCCACCUACACCAGUCCCUCCUCGAGACCCUCGACCGGACCCACACACAGCCGCCCUCUAUCCUCGCCCAGACGAACCUGGUCCUCUGUAUCUUGCGGCGCCUCAACCUCCUCAACAUCAGUACAUCUCCUGCCCUGCCGGACCGCAUCCUCUCCCUCUUCCAACGAGCGCUCCAGUCGGCACGCAGCAUGCUCACAGCCUGCUGUCCGUGGCAGCACAUCGCCAACGUCCCCUUCCACAUCAUCACCAUCCUUCUGGAAAUGGAUACCCGCUCAUCACUCGAACUCCUUCCCGAGGCCGUACAGACUGUGAAAAUGGUCGCUUCGAUAUACAACACACCCACCAUGCGUGAGGCCUAUACGACGGCGAGGUUCCUGGUCUUCGUCUAUCAGCAGCGGCGGUCCCGCGAUGUCCGGCUACUGACCAGCGUGCUUGAUGCGAAUGGGCAGCCCGGGACCGAGCUCGAACCUGGCAGGGCAGCGAGCGAUGGGAUGCAGCCCGCUCUGCCGCGGCCGAGUCCAAAUCUGGGUGAAAUGCCGCUGCUGGAAGGGUUGGUUGCCGAUAUGUCAGAACUGCAAGAGCUGGACUUUGACCAGUUCUUGAGCCUCGAUACGCUUCGGUCAGCGUAG